UCGGCACCUGCCUCUCUUCUCUUCCUCUCAAACGAUGAGUCGAUGAAAUCAUCACAAAAAUCUCACAUAAAUAUCUUCAAUCGUCAAUCUGUGGUUUGAAGAACUGAAGAACUGAUUUGUUAAUCCAACUUAAAAGCUUCAAUUGAAAAGCUCCAUCGAGUAGUUAUUCCAGCUGCUGUGGAUUCCACCCAACAGGAAGCUAUUCUGCUCUUGAAGAAACUAAAGGAUUGUUAUCAUGAACUAAUUUUUGUACCAACAAUGCAUGGCAUGCUGUGUUAACUAUGAUUCUCAUUGUGCUCUUGAGAAACAUUUUAGAGAUGGUGCCAAGCUGAAAUGGUGAGGCGUAGACCUUGUAUUCUACUAUUUUAUGCUUCAAUAAAAUAUGGUUAGUUCAAAUUAUGUUGCCUGUGUGUUUAAAAAUAAAAAAGCCCUCGCGGAGGCUGGCCUUGUACGAAGCAAGAUAUCAAUCAAGUUCAGUAUUCAGAACGAAACCGUUAAUUAUCUUCCUGAAAGUAUUAUUUCUCGGUUUGAUCUCUUGAACUGGAAAGCAUAACUGGAUUAUUAUCGAUACGUGGGAUAUAAGAAAAGUCCAGAUGUCCAGGAAGAAAUUUAAUUUAAUGGAUGUGAAGGCAAUCAGUGAUGAUUCAGUGGCUCUUUUCAUGGACUUGGAAGCUGGCGACAACAGUGUGCUGAGAAAAGUUUUUGGGGAGAGUCGGCGAUUUCAACCAGAGAAACCUGCAACGAUAGCCCAAGCAGCUGUUGCAUUAACUAGUGGCACUGGAGAUGGUACUUUACAUGCAUGGAGCAUGUACAUGCUAAAUGAGGUGGCAUGCUGGAAUAGCCAGAUAGGUGUAGCUACUUGCUUGAAGUGGGCGCCUCGUAGAGCCAUGUUUGUAGCUGCUUCCUCGGUUCCAACGUCUUGGAUUCCUGACAACACAAAGUCUUCUCUACACUUGGGCAACGCAGAACCUGAUGCAAGAAUAUGAAACUAGAUGUAGCUUUGCUUUAUCAUGGUAUUCAUCUUUUGCUUUAUCUUGCAUGUUGGUAGUUUAAAAAGCAGUCCCCAUUAAGCCCUCUUGUCAUGCCUGAAUCUGCUGCAAGUUUCUAGUUAGGACCUUACCUUCCUAAAUGA